AUGGUGCGCAUUCAGGUGAAGCAUGCCUGCCGGAGCCGGAGCCGGAGCCAGCAUAAGAACGACGGCAAGAAUUGUGAACUUGAGUUCCUAUACGACUGCGAAUCAUGUGGUACUAGUAUCGAAGAUAUGACGGAGGAGAUCACGGAGAUUGCCAACCUUCAAUUCCAAAUUCACCACCUCACCACUCAAUUCCUUCCUCGUCUCUCCCUUCUCCUCCACACCAACCCACAAGUGAUAUCCCUCCACAGAGCUCUCUCCGAAGCUACUUCCUACGCCUCCAAGGACCAAGUUAUGCAUGGCAAGCCAUUGUUGAGUGUUGCAUUAAGGCAACACAUGAGAAGCAUCGAAUCCGAGUUUGCAGUCAAUUAUCAGCUAUUGGAUUUUCCAGAUGCCAAGCUUGAAAGGGCGCUUCUAGAUGUGGAACUCCUUCAAGAAGACAGCGUUCAGCUUUUGUGGGCGGGGAAGGAGUUGAUGAAGGGGAAAACAUUAGCUGACUAUAUUGGAAAAAAUGAGAAGACAAAGAUCAUACUGAGGUUGUUGUCGCGUGACUCACAUUCUACCUGUAAGCCCAUUAUCACAUCUUUAACUGCUCGUGUCCCUAAGUUUGAUGGCUUUCUACAGUUCUAA